AUGUCUUCGACAAGUGGCUCGUCAAAUUCGUCGCCCUCCUCGGGUGGCCUGCCACCAGCGUCCUAUGACGGUAGCCAUCUGCCGUGGCGGACUUUCCGACAAGAAGUCCUGGCGCCACACCAGAUCCUCGUCCUCGACAGCCCGCCGAAAGACCGCAUACCGGCCGCUUUCUUGAAGAUCGUGGAAGCUGCGAGCCAAGAUUCGUCCCGCUUUGACAAUCAAAAGGCCUGCUUUUGGGAGCAGGUGACAGCGGGUCGCGGAUUCGGUCCUUCGCCGAUAUUCCCACCAAACCUCCUUCCGCCGUUGGCGAAUGAAUUUCACUCACGGUGCAUGGUGCCAUUCUUUGGCAGUCGCGAAGCCCUGCCGGAGCGAACCAUGAAUCACGCGGCGCCUUUCUACGAGCUGUCCGUUCCUCGUCCCGGUCUGGGAUGCGGGUUUUCCGCCGCAGCCUUCACAGACAAAGAGUUGGCCGUCAUGCCGCAGUGGCUUCAAGCCACGGGGACAAUCGUACAUUUUGAGACGGGGUAUAUUGCCCCUGGGGCGUCACUGUACUGUCCCUUUCUGACCUUUGAGCGGGCGUAUGGGAACAAGCAGCAGCGCGUGGAGGCGGCAAACAAUCAGUGCGCAAUUGCCGGCGCCUACAACACGCGGGCGCUACAGAUGCUAUACACACGGGCACGCAAAGAUCUGACCGACAGGUCGACCCCGCCGGACACUACCGAACUACCGGUCUCUUUCUCAUGCACCAUCGACAACAGCUUUGCCUUGCUGAAUUUGCAUUGGAUUGAUCUGGAACAGGGGCAGGCUUACUGCAUGGCGCCGCUCUGCCAGUUCGACCUCAGCAAGGACGUACAUUUCAACAAGUUCCUGAUCUGGAUGCAGGCCAUUAGCGACUGGGGUCUGUCUCACGUCCUACCAGCGAUCAAGGAGGCGCUCGGGCAACUGCAGCAUGCCUCAAACGGAACCCCGACCGCUCUUUGCCAGCCGCAGUACAGCACCGGAGCGACGAGACUGCGCCUAGACACCGGCCCUGCCAUCAUGAAAGACGAGCUACUCAUCUCGUCCCUGAAGACCACAUUCGAAAACAUCCCCUGGCGCUUCGAAGACGAGGGCUUCUCGGGCGUCUCGUCGUCCACAGCGUCCUGGGGCUCGCCAAUGGUGUCCGACUAUACCUUUUCCAAGGUGAAUUACCCGACGGUGCCCUCGGCCAGAAGCAACGUGAGCGCCCAGAACUCUUCCAUCGUCGCUCGCAAGCGCCUUAGUGGACUUGAUUUCUCACGGACCCCCGUCACGCCACCGCCCGCAUAUCUGCAGAAUCAAGACAUGGUAUGGCAGAAACGAUUCAACUAUGCAAUGGAGGAGAUGAGGCAACUACAGACCCAGGUACAGGCGUUCCGGAGUGAGCUGGAGGAAUGCAAGCGGCCGUCACGAGGACACCAGUCAGGCUCAUUGGCCGAAGAACAAGAUCCGAGCGAGCACAACAACCUCGAGUCGGCAGCCACUCCCAAAGUGCAGAGUCCCUCUCUCACCUUUGCACCUCAGAAGCCUUCGCCGUCGAUCGUGGGUCUGUCUGGGGAAAGUUCAUCGGUGUGGAAAUGCGCCGCUAUCGUCCUGUCAGGCCAUUUUCUGGCCUCGUUCUUUCCCAACACGACGGCUCGGAUGCUCACGUAUGGAUGCAUCACAAACGCAUGUCUUCUGGCGUGCCUGACCCCUCGAUUCACCCUUCUUGGAGUGUCGACCUCGACGACCAUGAAGCUACCGCCCUUUGCAGUCUGGAGAUGGAAGUGA